UUCUCUAUGCGAAUAAUUACGUAUCGACGAACAUGAGCGAACCUAACGAACGAUGCAAAUGAUACCAAUUGACACCAAUGUCGACGUUUUUCCACGUGUUUUCAAGUGACAUAUAGUAACCAUGAAUAACUCAGAUAUAACAAAAAUAACAAGCUUGGAAAUUGAGAUUUUAUUAUUAAGAAAUUUUGUUACUGACGAAGUUUCCGAAUUGCCAGUUUGUAUAAAAAAUAUAUUAGAUGGACGAUACGAAGAUGUGAUAAAUAAUGAAUUCUGUUCGCAUUUGAUGAAAUCAUACGACAACGAUAACUUUUGCAAUUUGAUACAUACCAGUAUAGAGAAAGAAGUUGCCACGCGUAAUUCUUGGCUAUAUGUAGGCGCAGCUUCUUUGCUGUAUUUUAUUCAAUGUAAUUGGACAGGACCGCUAGACAACAAAGACAUCGAACAUCUGAAAAGUCAAGAAGAGAGAGCGCUUAAAGAUUUAUCUUUACAUGAUGAAUGCAAUACAAACGUCAAGAAGCCAGAGCUUCUUUAUUUUUCUAAAAUCAUAUUUUCUAACAAAGUAUUACAAAACACUUACGAGAGUUGUAUUUGGUGGUUGUUUAGAGCGAAUCUUUUGCAUCAACAUGUAUUAAACGAAAAUUCUGGUGUGAUAUUUGACGAGACAGAACAAUUGAUUAUCAAAAUUGAGGAUCUGUCUUUGUUAAAAGACACCUACUGUAAAACUCUGUUUUAUCUUGAAGCUGCGCAAUUCUACUUUUAUUAUAGAAGGAUUCAGAACUCAGAAAAAUAUCUUGAAUGCGCUCAGGAAACAGCAAAGUUAAGUUUAAGCCUAGAAGGUGCUCUAGGUAAACGUACAAGAUAUCAACAGGACGAGAAAGCCCAAUUAUAUUUAAAAACUGAUCUAAAAAAAGAUCAAUUUCAUUUUAGACAUUGCGAAAAUUUACCGAAAUCUCUCGACUUGAACGACGACGUUAGAUUAGAACGCGUUGAAUUUUCAGAAAAUAUAGAGCAUAUCCAGUUAGGAACAGUUGAAGAAGCUAUUAUAUUGGCAGAAUACAUGCAAUUGCAAUUGUCGCAACCAAAGGAUAAAUUAAUGGACGAAGAAGUUAAACCAUAUCUAACUGCUGUAAUAGAUAGUACAAAAAAUUGGUCUUUAAAAACGACUGCUCUUUAUCAUCGCUGUUCUCUGGAAUCUGGUGGCAAAAGAACCGUUGAACGGUCGAUGAUGCAAAUGGAAUAUUUAAUACACGAAUUAAAAAAUACAAAAGUUUCUGUUGCGCAUAAAAUGGAUAUGUUUUUCGCGAGUGGCCUUAAACCUGUUUGGGUCUUAGAACAAACAUGGGCGCAUUUAAUGCUAAGCCUGGGAUUGGUAAAAGGAGCUUUAGAUGUUUUCUUGAAACUCCAGUUAUGGGAAGAAGUAAUUGCCUGUUAUAAUACGCUGGAAUUGAAACAUAAAGCAGCAGAAAUAAUUCGUCAAGAAAUAGCUAAAAAGCCGACAGUUCAGUUGUGGUGUUUACUGGGUGAUGCAACUGACGAUCCUAAUCAUUAUGAAACAGCAUGGAAACUAUCUAACGAAAAAAGUAGCCGGGCCCAAAGACAUUGGGGACUGUUUUACUUUUCAAAGAAGAACUAUAAAGAAGCUAUACCACAUUUAAAAUUAUCGGUUGAAUUGAAUAACAUUCAAGAAAACAUUUGGAUAAGGCUUGGAUUUGCAGCUCUGGAAAUAGAGGACUGGAAAUUGGCUGCAACUGCGUAUAAACGUUACUGUGCCUUGGAACCAUCGACAUUCGAGGCAUGGAAUAACUUGGCAAAAGCUUAUAUAAAACUGGGUGAUAAAGAGAAAGCUUGGAGAUCUCUUCAAGAUGCUAUAAAAUGCAAUUAUGACCGUUGGCAAGUUUGGGAUAAUUUAAUGAUCGUUAGCGUUGACCUAGGACACUUUUCAGAAGUAAUUCGAUGUUAUCAUCGUAUUUUGGAUCUUAACAAUCACCACUUAGACGUGCAAGUUCUCGAUAUACUAACGCGGGCCAUAUUAAAUAAUAUAAAUGAUUCCGAUGGGAAUCCCUCACAAAAAUUGCUUUCGAAAGCUUUAGAGUUAUUUGGAAGAAUUAGUUCCUCCAUACCUAAUAAUUGCCAUAUUUGGAGAAUGUAUGGUCAGCUUACCGCUCUUAAGGAAACGGAUAUAGAUAAUGAAAAAGCAGCGCAAUACUUGCAGCAAGCACAUCGCGCUGCUGUUUCAGAUCCCAAAUGUUUUCAACAAGAAGAAUCGAUACAGAAUGUAUUACAGUUAUGUUCUAUAUUAGCAGAAAUGUAUUUACGCUGCGCAUCUAAUUGCGAAAUUAAGAAAAAACGAACAUUGUUAGCUAGUGCCAAACUGUCUCUCCAAGGAGUAGUAAAGAAAGUUAAAGAUCAAGUGUGGAAUAACGACGCUGUUCCAACACGCUUGCAAGAAGUUGAAGACUAUUUAAAUGUUGUAACAAAUGAACUAAAAAAUAUAAAACUGUCGAAUUAAAUUUUAAGAUGUUUUUCGAAUAUGUAAAAUAUAGAAACGUCGUGUAUCAAAGUAUAUGUAUAUAAAGAAAUGAAGUUUCACAUCCGCUGGAUAGCUAUUGUUUCGUUUGAAACUAUGUAGCUUCGUCAAUGUUAACGAUAUCGGUAUUUAAUAAAUUUUAACGAUAUUCUUAAAACGUGAAGCUUGUCGAAUAUGUAAAAUAGAAAAUCUCGAUUCAUUGAAGCAUCUA